GGACACGUCAUUCCCUGUCAGUCGACGGGAAUCGUCGCGAUCGCACGCAUGAUGUAUAUAGGGUUAUCAUUAUUGCCGCCCAACAUUCCUGAAAAUACUAAUAAAUAACGAUGCAGGAUCGGUAAAAGUGCGCCGCGCGCGACAUUCCGGGAUACGGUGUCUAUAUAUAGACGAAAACAACUCGGCUGUAAUCGUUAUCGAUAUCUCGAAGAGGCCAAAGAGCAAAAGCUGAAAUUGUUUGUACCGAUCAAGGUCUACAACGUAUGUAUGAACUAAAUGAUAGUGUGUUACUACGGCAGUACGGCUACAUAUGGUGAUGGUGUCGUUAGCUUCGGUCAAAGUGCAUGAGAAAUUGAGUGACAGUCGAUGGAAAAGACAAACUUGUUGACACAUUACAAGAAUAUAAGUUCUUUAUAUAGUUAAAGACGAUUACAAAACCUCUUGGUUGUUUAAAAUUAAUUUUAAGGCAAACCAAAUUGUUUUCUCCGCGUAUGUUAGAACAUGAAGAGAUUGAAGAGACUUCUGAAGAGCAACGGACUAAAUAAUGUCGAUUCUUAAUCCAUAUUGUAUGUGAUGAGAUUAAGUAAUAGUGUGCUAUUAUAUGAAGGUUGUUAUCUUCAAUCAAAGUGCAUGAGAAAGUAGCAAUCAGCGGUGAAGACGGAAUCGCUGAUAUGUCACAGAACAUGGCAAAGUGCUUUAGUUAGGAACGAUCGCAAAAUCUUGGUCGUUUAAAAUUAAUUUCAAGGCAACCACAUUGCUCUUUACGUGUAUGUUAAGAAGAAAUGCUUCUGAAGAGAUGAAAGAGCAACGGGCUAAAUAGAGUAAUAAACCGAUUGAGAUCUACAAUGUAUGUGUGAAUAAAAUAAUAGUGUGCUACAUCAGCUACAUAGUGGUGUCGUUAGUUUCAGUCAAAGUGCAUGAGAAAGUGGCGGUCGAUGUAAAAGACCAGCUCGUUGCAGGAGCGGAAUUUCCGGGGCGGUAAAAUCUGCACGCGCCCCACGUCGAUUGGAAAACGUCAGGAAUCGCCGGGCGAUGUUUUAUCUGGACGGAAGAGACGCCGCCAAGUACGGCUCGUCGUCGCCCAACGACGGCGGCGAGGAGAUUUUCGGCUGGUGGUUGAGCGAUCGGGAGAUCGCGGUAUCGUCCAGAUCGUAUCGCGUCGAGAAUCAUCGAUCACCCGGAUCGUCGGCGUCGAUGCUGUCCUGCAUCGACUCGAAUGAUUCGGGUAGCUGCAGCUUCGUGCGGGAUGUGUCGAGGCAUCAGGAGCAGGAGGAGAGCGGGAUCUGCGAGAAAAUCGAACUGAUCUCGUUCACGCCGGACGAUCUCGAUGUCGAUCUGAUCGAGAGGGACGCCAGGGAAACGAGCAGUUCGCCCGCGACUGUAACCGGCAGCGAGCGCAACGUCAAGGAGGCAUGCAUCAAUCCCGUCUGCUACACCCCGGAGAGACUGAUCAGAUCGCAAGAAUACCGGAUACUCAUACCGUCCCCUCGCCGCUUUACCUUCUCCCAGAUGAGAUUCACGUUGGAGAACGAGAGCGGAGAAUGGAGGUACCGGCGUUGCCGAAAACGGUCGAGCCGUCUCAUCGAUUCCAGGCAGAUCGGUGCGACGCAGCCGAGGGCACUUCUGAACUUACCGGGCGCGGAUCUGAGGACAUACGCGAUUUUCUCGCCCAUCUCCGAGCGCCGACAAUGGGUCGCCGAUGAUUUUAACGUGUCAGUGAAAUCAAACGAUGACCCUUCGACCGACGAAGACUGCGGGGUGCCAAGUACGAAGACGGUCGACAGCAGCAGAUCGAGUUACAACAGAUUGAACUCCACUUGGGACGACUGUAAAGGUCCAGCCAGCAGAAGGUCGUCCUCCCUGGAGGACACUUCCGGUAUCCAGAGUUACGAUUGGAGCCUGGAGACCCAGAGCGACGCGCAAAACACGCCAAUGUGCCUCUGCGACGAGCUGGCGAUCGCGUCGAGAGAUCACGCCGCGAAUUUCGCAAACAAUCGAGGUUUGGUCAUCAAUGAAGUAGCAUCUAUCCUCGAAGGUCUUCGGAACGAUCCGGGAAGGGCGACGGCUCUCCUGAAGGAGGAGGAUCGAUUCUGCGACGGCACGUCUUCUCACGAUCAAUUAACCAGACUGGCUCUGACCAUUGAAACGGACGUGGAAGCACCGGCGGUUCCCGACGAUCCGAAUAAUUGGGUACGCCAUCUCCGCGAUAGAAUAGAACGGCUGCAACUCGCCAAUAAAGAGAUCCAGGGGGAUAUAUGCGGUUUACGUACAAACUUUCAGUGCGACGAAAAGAAGGCGAUCAAUUUGCUGGGUGACACAACGAGGUUGCUGGAAGACGUUCACGACUUGAGAUAUUUCGAUGACUUGGUGAAGCUCCUGGAAGGCGAACUCGAGAGGAUCUCCAGAAGAAAUUGGCCAUUCAUUCUGGGACACAGCAAACCUCACGAAGAGAUGAAUCUAAUCAUCUGAUUAUGAUCUCAACGAUCGUCUUGGAUCUUGAAGAUCAUGAUUAUGAUCUCAUAGUUGCGCACUAGUCGACCGACGCGCAGAGUAAAAAAAAUUUCCUUCAGGAAGAGGAUGUAAACGAUAACGAUCUCUUCUCUUCAAGCUCUUUGAGUUCGAUCUUCAUGAAGGAAAAGUUCUACCUCUUCUCUCGGCUCGGUGACUUAAAUAUCUUCAUGAAAAUAUUAAUUCGGAAUGAUUAAAAACGAUACGUGAGCAAUCUCCAAGAAUAAUCAUAAAUGUAGUUAGCACAAAAGAUAGAACUGCAAAUUUUUCGAUGUUCCAAAACGAACAAGAUAAUUUUAUUUCUCGGCAGGGAUAUCGACUUCGUAAUAUUUUUUCGAAAUAAAUUUCGUGUAAAUAACGAUUAUAAAAAAACUUGUAACUUAUGCUAUAUUCAAAUGGACCUGAUUUUUUAUUUCUUAUUUUCCUUUA